CGCUGUUGUAGUACUUCCGGUCUGGUUUUUACAUGGCGCCUCUGCAGUAAUCCGAAUAGGUUGAAGAGCAUUCACGUUUCUGAAAAAAAUGUUCCAUUUAAAUAUCUUACCGCGGUUUAGAGUUAUCUCAAGAAAUCAUCAGAUAUUAAGACAAAUCCAUCGAGGCAGUGUUUAUUUCCUGAGCAGAUCUCAGACCUCAUGCACAUCUUCUGCUCUGACCAGCAGCCAUCAUGUAGUGCAGAGGACGUCCCUAACAUCCUGGACAACUCAGAGUGGACUCUGUGUGGACAGACGAUGUUAUUCCUCACAGCCGGGCAGCACUGAGGACGGAGUUCUGAUCUACACGGGCAGUCUGGGCAAGGCCGUGCUCGGUGUGAAGUUUUUCUCCUACUCCAGCAGUAUGUUCAGCUUGUGCUUGAUGCCCAUCAUCCUCACCAAGACUGGAAUCGGCGUGAACAGCUUCGUCAUGAAGGCGGCCUUCUGCGGUUUUAUCGGCUUCUUCACCUUCCUGACCCCGGUCCUCCUCCACCUCAUCACUAAAGGCUACGUGGUGCGCUUGUAUCACAACAGAGAGACGGACGUAUACACGGCCGUCACCUACAGCGCGCUGCUGGUGGAGAAGAAGACCGUGUUUCACCAGAGCGAUGUGAAAAUCCCGGACGUGAGCCGCAUGUUCACGAGUUUCUACGCCAAGAAGAAGUCCAUGCUGAUAAACCCCAUGCUGUUUGACGUACCGCACGACUACAAUCACCUCAUGGGCUACGAUCGGCCUUUUACCUUCAACCCCGAGGACAUGAAUAAACCUGAGUAAAAUUAGCCGUUGUCACUCUUCAUUUGAAAGUUUGAUUAAAAGGACUAAACUUGUGCUGGAGUUAAAAUGUAAAGUAUAUUUAUGAGAAAAUGUCACAUAAAAUAAUCAUCUUUGA